GCAGGCGGCCGCGACCCGGGAAGGAGAGGAACGCGAGGCGGGCGGCCUGCCGAACCAGCCAGGGGUGGUGCGGGCCCAGGACGGUGCUGUAGGCGUCGCUGCACUGCUCGCCGGCGCUCGGGCCUCGGUGCGCCCCGGUGGCCACCCGCUGCAGGCAGAGCUGGGACCAGCGUAGCGCACGGUGCAGCAGGAGAGUCGUCCGUGAGCCCGAGGCCUUGGCCGAGUCCGGAGGGGCGACCCCAGGCCUCUCCAGCAGUCCCGCCCGCCGCUCCCACGCAGCCAUGGUCGCCAGCGAUGUGUAGUGCGCGGCAUCUGGGCCGUGCACCCGAGCCUCGAGGGCUGUCACUUUGCUGAAGGCUUCGCUCGUGGCGAAGGUACUGCGACAACUCCACAUCCCCUUCCAGGUUCAGACUAGCGCGGAACGGCCUCACCAAGCGGCCCAGCAUCCCCUCGGGGCCCAGACACCGAGGCUCUUCCCGCUCCGGGGCCUCCAGGGAUCCCAACUGUUGCCGGAUCUGGGGGAGCAGAACCCCUAGCCUGUUAGGCCUCCUUCGCCAACCUAAGGUCUAGCUGGUGUCCCUCCUGCUGUGCUCUCGGCUUCUGUCUAGGAUGGGGGGACAGGAAGGAGGACCUGCUCUGCUCUUCAGCAGGGAGUCCGUCAGCCUGGCUCCACCUUCCCCCUGUUGAGGGUCCUACUUGGAGCUCCCGGUCCCAGCCCUGCCCCCAGCAUACCUGUGAAGGCGGAGGUCCCUCAGUAACGCAGGGCUGAGCCCCCGAUCCGCAGCCCGAGAGGGCGCCUGAGGAGAGACAAGGCGGGGCGGUGAGGACUCGAAGAGGGGCCUUAGGUCCCCAGGACCUGGAUACCUGGGUUCCUGCCAGAGAAGGUGGGGGAAGAGGCCACUCACGUAGGCUCCGAGUACAGAGAUAAAAAAGUAGCAGCGCGAAAAUGGCAAGAGGAAUUGUAUGGCGGAGCCAGCGCCUGGAGACCUGUGGAAGCAGCACGACCCCCAUGGGCGCUGCUGGGACCACCACCCCUCACCAGCUCCUACCCAGGCCUUAUCCCUCCACCUCCCAGAAGGAAGAGAAGUCCGCGGUGCACUGAAGUGCAAGGGUUAAUCAUUAAUCUAAGGCCCCUUACCCUGUGCCCUUUGCCCCAGAGGGCAGCACCUCAGGGGUGAGAAACCAGAUUAAGAGGAUUUGGGAAGUUUGGUGGCAAUGACAUGUCUCUGUAUUUCCCUUCCUUAUAGGAUCAGGUUGUAGGAAGAGGCAGCCUGGGUGUCGGGAAGGGAGGCUGGGGUCAGAACCAGCUCCCACACUGAGCAAUGAUGUGGGUCCUAAGAUAACAGACUCUGGGCUUGAGUUCCUUCCAGUGUAAAUUGAGGAUAAUAAUAGGUACUUGGCCAGGAUUAAAUGAUAAUGUACGUGUAAACACUGUAAAUGGAAAAGCUUACCACAAUUGCUCCAUAAAUCUUACCUAUAAAGUUCAAGCACGGGGCACCUGGGAUCCAGGGAGCACCCGCGUCUAAAUUCUCUAGCCUAUCCCCACGGGACCUUGUCUUGAUCUAGAUGCAUGAUCUCUUGAUUGUAUACUUCAGGCUUGAUCCACCAUGCCCUCACCAGCUCCUACCCAGUCCUUGUCCCAACUCCAGGUUGGCUCCUCUAUCAUUUAUCAAACAAACCUUUAUUAAGUACUUCCACAUGCCAAGCCCUGAUUAGGCCUCAAGGAGACAAAUAAACUGAGCCUUCAUAGAGCUCAAGGUCCAUUAGAGACUUAAUUAUUUGUUUCCCCCACUGGAAUGUGAGCUCUGAUGAAUCUUGUUUUUCUUGGUUGUAACUCUAUUUACAGAAUUUAGAAUACUACCUGGGCCAAAGUACAUUAUUGCAAAAUACGUAUUCUAUAUAAUAAAAGCAUAGUAUGCAAAUUGUCUCCUCAACGGGGAGUUCAUGAGUUCGUAGGGAGUUUGCCCAAGGGGCAGGGCCAGCCAGGGGAAGGGAGGGAGCCCCCCCCCCACACACACACAGCCACUAGGGACCCUACCAGUGCAUGAAUUUCGUGCACUGGGCCUCUAGUAUGUUAAUAAACAAAGAAAUGUGUAUUAGGGGCAGGCAAAUAAGGGUAGUGCCCCAGAUGACAAAUUUGCACUUUUUUGGGGUGCGGUUUUGAUUUUUGCAAAUUAGGAGUCCACCUAGUGGCCAUGGAGGGGGUGCUUUCAGAGAAAGGAUACAGGAUGCAAUCAAAGAAACAAUAUCUCCUGUUCUUAGCCCCCAGUCCAUAAACUUCUUAGAAUUGUCCCUGUCUCUGUGUAUAUUUUCUUCUUGGGGUGAGGGAGAGUACCCCAGAUUCUCAAGGAGUCAGGACCCCAAUCUCUACAAAGCCUCUUCCUAGCUCCCACAGUUCAUGGAUUCUUGCCCUGUCUCUCACUCUGAUGCUCCCUUGAAUCUGGGAGGUCCCUGAGUUUGCUACUGACCAAUCCUUUCCUGUGGGAUUCAGGAGCCUUCACUUCCAUCCCUAGCCUCGGGCUUCCCAUUUCCCAGUGUUGAAGUGUUUCUCAGCUUGGCUGACGGUGACCUUAGGCAAGUUGCUUGCCAUUUCUAAGCCCCAGUUCCCUAUUCUACAUAAUAGGAAGGCUAAUUCCCACCUCCUAAAAUUGUGAGGGUUAAAUAGAACACGCCUGCAAGACACUAACCACAUAGCCUGUAGUAAAAGUUCAGGCGGAUGGUGGUGAUUUCAACUUGUCUGCUCCUGAUGCCCCUCCUCCUCUGGUGCUGGGAGCAUAGGUCUCCCUGAGCAGCAGAUCAGGUCUGCAGGGUUCCGGGAGCAGAUUAGUUUUUGGUGUCACUUAAUCCGAGUGGCCCUUCCGCAAUCGGAGCCCUCAUGGGGCAGAGGUGGUAUAAACCUGCUUAAGGGGCCCUGGCUCACAGAGGCUGCAGAAUGGAGCCAGUGGGAGCCAAGCUGCUGCUGCUGUGGGCGAUGUGCUGCGGGCACGCCAGAGCGAUUGGUUCCAGAAGCUACACCCAAGUCAUCGAGGUGACCAACGGGGGCCCCGCGGGCGACUGGGCCUGGCCCGAGAUGUGUCCUGAUGGAUUUUUCACCAUCGGAUUCUCCAUCAAGGUGGAGCCCCCGCAAGGCAUUCCUGGAGACGACACGGCAAUGAACGGGAUUCGGCUGCACUGCUCCCGUGGGCACAAAGUGGAGUCCGAGUCUGGAAGGUGGGGCGCAUGGAGCGAGCCGCUGUGGUGUCCCCAUGGCAGCUUCCUCGUGGCUUUCUCACUCCGAGUGGAGGCACCCACGACCCUUGGGGACAACACGGGCGCCAACAACGUGCGCUUCCGCUGCUCCGACGGCAAGGAGCUGGAGGGGCCUGGCCUGGCCUGGGGAGACUUUGGAAGCUGGAGUGAGCCGUGUCCUAAAGGCAUAUGUGGUUUGCAGACCAAGAUCCAGCGGCCCAGAGGCCUCCCCGACGACACCGCGGUGAACGACGUGCGUUUUUUCUGCUGCAGCAGCUGAUCCCUUUGCGUCCGCUCCCGGCCCCACCUCCGGCUGUCCCACCUCCCGUAUUAAAGCUUCCCCGUCAUGG